AUGCUAAAGGUUGAAGACAUGUACCAAAAAAUAGCCAAGACAAAUAAGAGUGGAGUUCAAGUUCAAGAUUUCCACACAUUAUCAGGCAUAGGGAUCUGUUCGAAGAACUCUGAAUUCUGCUACAAAGUGACCUUCAUACUGGACACGUGCUCUCUGGCUUCAGCCACCCAGACAUGUUCUAGUAUCGUCUCUUCAACCCUUGUAUCUACAGUUGAUGUUUCCUCUUCUCUAACUAUGUCAGAAAAUUUCCAAAAUCCAUCUUUGCUUGGAACUCCAAAUUCUCUGCAGCUCUCUCUUCCUGUAGUGAGCAGUGUGACUCCCCUAACAGGAAGUGCCUGCAACUUCUCCAGGGUCUCGGCUCCAGCAUGGCUACUGCCAUCAGCCUCCAGCACCUCUUUCCAACCACUCAUGGGUAGUGCCUACCUUUAUCAACAAUCUAACACAACUAUGUUGUCUGGAGUUUCUGGCCAAAGCCAGAUCUCUAAUUCAUCUGCUUCCCACCCAGGUAUUUUGGAGUGGGAUCUCACAGAAAGCACUGAAAAUAAGUCAUCAUCACUUGGGGACUUCGCUGUCACUGUAAUUGGCCAAGAUGCAGCUAUUUCUUCCAUGCCUAUGGCAGCUCAAUAUGACAAAACUUUAGAUAACAAUACCAUAGUCCCUCUGCAUCCAUCACUGUCUGCUAGCCUUGCUCAGGGAACACUAAAUCAGGGACAUAGCUUGUCAUUUCCCUACCAUGAAGGGAGCCAGGUAUAUUACUAUAAUCAAGGCACACUGGGGGCUCCCCUACUCUCUAGAACUUGGCCCUUCCUGCAAUCCUAUGGCUCUGUGUGCUGCACAGGAGGUAGGACUUCUGCCCCUCAACCAGAAAUGAUGAUGGUACUAAAGGAAGUUCAGUCCAAAAAUGCCCUACCACCAGCCUCCACCUUUGGAAUUUACUACUCCAUGUCUGCUCAACCCACCACAGAAGCAAGUUUUCAAGUGAUGGAAACUUCCCUGGGGAUGGAGACUUCCCUGAGAUUAAAACCCCCAAGUCAAACAUUUUGUCUGCCACAAACUCCAGAAUUCUCCAAAUCCUGCAACAGAAAUAUCCACAUACCUGACAGUAACCCACCACCUGAGUUUGGGGACAUUCCAGUGAUAGCUCCAGUUGAGAGUUCUAAUAACCUCCUUGUACUGCUUCCAGCUCCAGGCCAGGAACAAACAGAGAAUGAUAAUUUGGAUAAGAUUAAAAGCAAGCUUCUAGAUCCUCUAGAUGCCUACCAGAUCCCAAUAGAAAACCAAGAUCCUCCACUACUUCCUUUAGAAAUCCCUGACAUUCACCAACUUCUGGCCUGCAUUGAUCUCCUCAAUCAAGAGAAGCAGCCUGGUUCUGAAAAUGCAGAUCUGGAAAAGAACAGCCUGAGUCUUGAGGACCAAGGGACACUUGAAAAUGAGAUUGACUCUAGCAGUUUUGCAGAUAUCACUACACUGGUAGAGGAUAUUCACUUUCCUCAGCUCUUCAAUUAUUUGAAAGACUUUGAUCAACCCAAAAGUUCCAAGGCAAUCACAGCCAAAGAUACCAAAUGCAUCAAGGUGAAUCAGGUGCAGGGAAAGUCAAGCAUGAUAAAUCAUUACUCUGAUCAAGUCAGGAAGAACAAACACAAAGCCCCUGAGCCUACCACUGGACCUCUCAAGGCCAAAAUCCAAGCAAAGAACCCAGAGGAAGAAGUGGUAGUUUGUAAUGCAGAAGCCAGUGGCAGAACUCCUGUGAAUACCACCAACAAUUCUAACAAACCUCUCAAAACUGCAUCCAGCAGGAUCAGCAAAACUAAGGGCCAUGGGCAGGAAAAGGCCAAAAGGACCAGAGAAAACAGCUCCAAGAAAGAUGAAGACAGUAAGCAGUCAGAGAACAAAGUCAAGGCAGAAGAGAAGCCAACCUUUCCCAAGAUGAAGCAGAAGAAAAAGCAACCUGAGCUUAGCCAGGAGACCUUUAAGAAGCCUCGAAGCUGCCUGGGCAUGCACAUGCUAGAGUCUGUGCAUGUUUUUCAUGCACUGGGGAAGAAAACUGGGCUGUCUUCCACCCAGGCCCUGGGAAACUCAAGCAACACCAAACACCCCCGGCCAUCCCCAGGUACCAAACCUUGGCUGGAUACCCCAUGUGAGGGAAAAGGUCCUGUGAAAACUGAUGCCAAAGCUCAGAAACCAGAUAGCAGUGCUGAGAAACAGUGUCCAUCUUCAUCCCAGUAUGAGCUGCCACCUCCUGGGAAGGGCAAGUUGGUACCUUUGCCUUUUCCAACGUUGGACAAGCCUCAAGCUUGACCUGUUCCUCGGAGGCCUUCUGUGGCUUACCCUCCUCAGCCUGGUUCUACUAACUCAGCUCAAUCUAUUGCAGUCAAUUCAUCCAGGCCAGCUUCUGCCAAUGCAUCAUGGAUGGGUCCUCCUAGACCAGCUCAGUCAAUUUCGACCAACCCAGCCAGACCUGGUUUGACCAACCCUACCCAGCCCAGUUGUUCUCAGUCUGCUGCUUCUCAGCCUGCACCCUACAAAGUAUCAUCUUGCACUUCUUUCCAGAGGGAGCCUGUUCCCACUGUUGUGACCACAAAGUCCCCACCUAAGCCUCAAACCCAGUUUCUACUCCAAGACUUCUGCUUCCAGCCAAUUCCAUGGAGGAAACCCAAUGUUCCCGAGCCAGUAAUAUCAAAACCUAUCACAGAAGAGCAGAGGCCAGAGCGUGAGGCCAUGAAGAGGCAGGCUCCAGAGCAUGAGAAUGCUGCCAAAUACACUUCUUUGGGAAAAGUGCAGUUUUUCAUUGAGAGGGAGAAAGACAUGGAAAUUGCUCAAUACUAUGGUUAUGCGAUAUGA